CAAAAACGAGACUGCGCAUGCGCAUUUCGUUUCGAAGUUUCCAGGCAACCCGAAGCGCACAAACGUUUAGCAGCAAGGUGCACGGGUAUGUAUGUAUGGGAUACGUUUAAAAAUAUAAGCUAAGGAGUUGUACCUAACAACAACAACAAACAAAUAAAUAAAUAACAAGUUAAAGAAGAAGAAUUCAGCAGAAGGAGCUGAAACAAAAUGCCAGUCCCUCAGAAACCUGGAGCAGUGCGGUCCAAACAGGGACCUAACACUCAGUCCCAAUUAAAAGCACCUGCUGUUAAGGGAGCCAAAGUCUCCAGUAAAAAGAAGGACGACGAGGAUGGAACGGAGACCGGAGACGGAGAUGAGUGGAUGCAGGGGAAGACUCUGGUUAAACCACCAGACCAGCUGGACCUAACUGAGGCGGAGCUGAAAGAGGAGUUCACAAGAAUACUGACAGCAAACAAUCCACAUGCUCCACAGAAUAUUGUCAGAUACAGCUUCAAAGACCGCUCCUAUAAGCCGAUCAGCAGCGUGGAUCAGUUGGCUGUUCACUUUGUGCUGGAGGGGAACCUUGUUCACAAGGAUUCUGAUGAGGCUCGAAGGCAAAGAGCUAGGCAAGGCUUUGCAGAAGAACAAACAGUCACAGAGACAGAAAACAUAGCAGAAAAUGAGGAUAAGCCUGAGACUCCGGCUGAUGGGGUUGAGGAUGCGGGUGAUGGAGAAGAUGGUGCUGGAGAGGAGAGAUCAGACAGCGUGGACGUCCAAGUGGGGAAGAAGGAGCGCAAAAUCACCAACCAGUUCAACUUCAGCGAAAGAGCAUCACAGACGCUCAACAACCCUCAGCGAGAAAGAGCCUGCCAAACUGAACCUCCUCCUCGUGCCACCUUCUCCGCUACAGUCAAUCAGUGGGAGAUCUAUGAUGCCUAUGUGGAGGAGCUCCAAAAGCAGGAGAAAAGCAAAGAGAAACAGAAGACCCUUUCAUCUAAGAAGGAGGAAGACAAAGGGAAGAAGAAGACAGUGUUGGUGGAGAAUCAGAGCGAUGAUAUUACCAAAGUGGCGAAGGUGGCCAAGAUUAUCGGGCGCAUGGUGACUCAGAACACCUUUGAUGACAUCGCUCAGGAUUUUAAAUACUUUGAGGAUGCGUCAGAUGAGUUCCGAGAACAAGAGGGCACUCUUCUGCCAUUGUGGAAGUUCCAGUAUGACAAAGCCAAACAUCUCUCAGUAACUGCACUCUGCUGGAAUCAGAAAUACAAAGACCUGUUUGCUGUAGGACUCGGGUCAUAUGAGUUCACUAAGCAGUCUCGAGGCAUGCUGCUCUUCUACUCCCUGAAGAACUCCACCUACCCAGAGUACAUUUUCCACACUACAUCUGGGGUCAUGUGUCUGGAUAUCCACAAACAGCUGUCCUACCUGGUGGCGGUGGGUUUCUAUGAUGGCAGCGUUGCAGUGUAUAACCUGAAGGAAGACAGACCUCAGCCUGUUUAUAAGAGCACCGCCAAGUCGGGCAAACACACUGACCCGGUCUGGCAGGUAAAGUGGCAGAAUGAUGACAUAGACAAGAAUCAUAAUUUCUGCUCGGUCUCCUCCGAUGGCCGUGUGGUAUCAUGGACUCUUGUGAAGAACGAGCUGCUCUUCACAGAUAUCAUAAAACUCUCUAUAAAUGGGGCUGUUUCAGAAGGACAAGAGUACAUGAAGAUCCCUGACAUGGCCUGCGGAACGUCUUUUGAUUUCCAUAAACAGAUCGACUACCUUUUCCUCGUUGGCACUGAAGAGGGGAAAAUCCACAAAUGCUCCAAAUCCUACUCUAGCCAGUUCCUGGAGACGUACACUGCACACAGCCUGUCUGUCGAUGCCGUGAAGUGGAACCACUUCCAUCCGAAAGUGUUCAUCUCUUGUAGCUCGGAUUGGACUGUCAAGAUAUGGGACCACACGAUCACGACCCCCAUGUUCACCUUUGACCUGAACACAGCCGUGGGUGACGUGGCCUGGUCUCCGUACUCCUCCACUGUAUUCGCUGCGGUCACCAUUGAUGGAAAGGUGCAUGUCUUUGACCUGAGUAUCAACAAAUAUGAAGCCAUCUGCCAGCAGUCUGUAGUGUCUAAGAAGACCAAGCUCACUCACAUUGAGUUUAACCCCGUGUACCCCAUCAUUAUUGUGGGAGAUGACCGAGGCUACGUCACCAGCCUGAAGCUCUCGCCCAACCUCCGCAAGAAGCCAAAGGAGAAGAAGGGUCAGGAGUUGCCGAAGGGGCCGGAAGUGGAGAUAGCAAAGUUGGAGAAGCUGUUGAGUCUGCUGAGGGAUUCUGACAAUCCUGAACAGAAGUGACCUCAAGUGCUCUGUAACAUCACAUCAGUCCAUGCAAAAUACACACACACACACACACAUACAUACAUAGAAGUAGCACAAAAAUGCAGCAGGAAGGGAAAAAGAAAGGUUUAGUUUUCUUUCUGGCUUGUCACUAUAUAAAUAUGUAAUGAAUAAAACACAACAGGACAUGCUGUUAUAGGAAAAGAUUCAAUAACGGUAUAUCGAUGUGGUCCGACACAAAGCAGAGUCACUGUUACGACCCGAAGCUGAUUAAUUUCCACUAACAGCACUUUCCAAAGUGUUUUAUUCAUCUGAUACAACAGCAAUUUGCCAAUAAUUACAAUAUUUGAUUUAUUUUUAAAAAUUUUUAGCCAUUUAUAGUUACAUUUAAUGUUGUGAAGUAACCGUAAAAGUUCCAGUUUUCACUUACAUUACAGCAGCUAUAAACCAGCCUUCCGCUUACCAACCUCUUUUUGUUUUUUUUUCUAUUUUGAAAUUAAUAAGACAAAAAAAAAAAAAAAUCACGUCAUGUUACCAAGAAACUGCAACGCUGUCUGUCCUGAAGCCUUUCCUAUGGUGGAAAACUUCAAGUUAUAUAUAUGUAGUUUAUGUACACUACCGGUCAAAAGUUUGUGGACACUUGACUGAACAGUUUCUCAUGAUCUUGAAAGCGUUUUGAUCUGAAGGUGUAUGGUUAAACGUUUGAAAUCGGUGUUGUAGACAAAAAUAUAAUCGUGCCGACGUAUUCAAUUUCUUUCAUUAGAAAACUAACAUUUUAUUUACAAAUAAAUAUUUUUAAACGGACGACUCGGAGCGAAAUAUUCAGAAAAGCAGCCGAUAAGAGUCCAGCGUAGGUGGGAACUCCUUUAAUACUGUUUAAAAAGCAUCUCAGGGAAAUUCCUCAAGAAAUCGGUUGAGAAAACGCCAAGAAUACAUUUCUGGAAAGUCUCGGUAACUACUUCGAAGAUGCUAAAAUACUCCAUUAUUUUUAUUUAUUUGGGAUUUCUUUUUUAAAAUCACAACAUAAUUCCCAUAGUUCCAUUUGUGUUCUUCCAGAGUUUUGAUGUCUUUAUUAUUCUUCUAAACUGUGGACAAAAUAAAUAAAAAUAAAGUAUGAGUGUCUAAACUUUUGACUGGUAGUGUAUACACCACUUAAACACUAUUAAACAUCUCAGCUACGUGCUAUCUGAAUACCUCCUCCCCCAACCAACCCAUCAUUAUUUCUCUUUCCAAACAACAAGGUAUUAAAGACAGGAUUCUGCCUUCUGGA